AUGAGUGUGGAAGAUCAAUUUCCUAAAACAGAAACUUUGAUGAACAAGGAGUGGCCAUCAUAUAUUCAUGGCAUGCCAACUUCUUCAAAGUUUAAUUUCAACGAUCCAAUCAUUUCUGGUACUUUAACUGGUACUUCCUACGGAAAUGGCAGUGGAAGAACCAAGUCACCACCACCAUCGUCGUCGUCAUCUCCUUCACCUGAUCGGUUUGUUUCGAGCUCCAAUUCCAGUUCUUCUCAUGGACACAAUUUCUUAACAAACGUCCCUGGAUUUCUCAGACAGGAUGUUUUGAAUGAACAUCAUUCAGGCUUGUUCGGUUCUGUUCCCUCACAUGGUGGUCUUGUUUCUGAUGUCAUGGAUGGUUUUAUGCCAUUGAACUUCCUGGAGUCUUUUCCGAAACUGAACCAAGCUCAAGUUUCCGAACCACCAUCGCCAUCGAAAUUCCCCAACUUAACUUUGUUUUUGCAGGAACCUGCCAUGUUAGAUCCAACCACUCGAGCCAUUGGGAAAAAGAGUGAGCCUGGACCGAACCAUUCAUUCCAAUUGCCUCAACUUGGUCAGAUUCAGUCUCGAAUGGGCGAUGAAUGGCUUAGAAUGAACCAGAGUUGUGCCAGUUUCCAAACCAAAGGUUUUAGUGACUAUUGGCUUGGCACCAAGACUCAACCUAUGAAGUACACUGGAAGCAGAUUGCAGAACCAGCAUCAAAAGGGUCGACUGUCAUCAGCCUCGACAUCGUCCGGAAAGCUGUUCCGAGGGGUAAGGCAAAGACAUUGGGGAAAAUGGGUUGCUGAGAUACGGCUCCCGAGAAAUCGAACUCGGGUUUGGCUAGGGACUUUCGACACCGCAGAAGAAGCCGCUAUGGCAUAUGAUACAGCAGCAUACAUGUUGCGUGGAGAAUAUGCGCAUUUGAACUUUCCGGAUCUUAAGCAUCAACUGAAGGCCAAUUCUUUGAAUGGGAACACUGCUGCACUCCUUGAAGCCAAGUUGCAAGCAAUUUCACAAGGCAUUGCCGGUAACAAGAAGUUGAAAAAUCCACAGUCGAGGCAGGCAAAUGUCGAAUGUUUAAACCAGAACACAACGAAAAGAGAUUGGGAAUUUGAGGUGAAGAGCAAGGCAGAAUCAGAAGUGAAUGAGAACAAGAAGAAAACUCAGGAGAGUGUAUCAUCGGAUGUGGAUGCUGUACAGUUAAGUAGAAUGCCUUCGUUGGACAUGGAUAUAAUCUGGGAUGCUCUUUUAGUCUCAGAUUCCUGACAUUUUCAAUCAUUUGAACGAAAAAAAAAUGAUGUGGUUCGUAUUUUGCAGUCUUUAUUCAUCUUUGUGGGUAUAUUUGUAUCAGCCAUUACCAUCAGUGUAUUAAAUCAAAAUUUCCCAUGGAACAGAACAGUCCAUUCUUUUGGUCCAUUUUCUGUCCCUUCUUUCAUUUUAUUUCUUUCAGGUUUCGUC